AUGUGUCAAAGACCAAGGAGCUGGUGGUGGAUCAGGAGGACCAGGAUACCGGUGACCACUAUUACCAUCCAGGGGGUCAGUGUGGACAAUGUGGAGAACUAUAAAUAUCUGGGACUCCACACUGACAAUAAACUGGACUGGGUUAAGAACACCGACGCCAUGUACAGGAAGGGCCAACUGCCGGACUCAAAGAGAAUUGUCCUUCUGGGGAAAACUGGAUGCAGCAAAAGCAGUUUGGGAAACACCAUAUUUGGAGGGGAAGUCUUCAAGAUCACCAAUUCGCCCGUUUCCGAACAAAGUCUGUCUCGAGGAGAAACCAGACCUGUUAAUGGCAGGAACAUCACUCUGAUUGACAGUCCCAGUCUUUUUGAUACCUGUGACUCUGAAGUCAUGCUUAAGACAGAGAUCCUGAGGUGCAUCACUGAGUGCGCUCCUGGACCUCACGCUUUCCUCAUCGUUCUUAAAGUCGAGAAAUUCACAAAGCAGGAGAAAGACGUCAUCAGAGAAAUAUGCAAGCACUUCUCUGAAGAGGCUCUGAAAUUUGCUGCUGUUGUCUUCACCCAUGGAGACCAGCUCCCAGAGGGAAGGAGGAUCGAGGACUUUGUCCAACACAAUGAAGAACUGAGCGACCUAGUGAAAAACUGUGGAGGCAGGUGCCAUGUUGUAGACAAUAAAUACUGGAACCGUAAUACAGAAGAUAAGUAUAGGAACAAUAAGCUCCAAGUGGCAGAACUACUGAGUACAAUUAAUAAGAUUAGUGAAGCAAAUGAUGGCAAGUUCUACACCAAUGAGAUGCUGCAAGCAGUGAAAAACCAAAUAGAGGUAGAGGAGGAAAAUAUGAAGCAAUCAUCGACUAACCAGUCAUCAGAGGAAACUAGAAACAAAGCUAAAAGUAGUGUGCUUGAUGAGUUAAUGAUCCAACUAGUGGGUACAGCUACAGGUGCAGUGUUAGGAGCAUUCCUUGGUGGCACUGAGCUACUAAUGAUUGGUAGAUUCGAAGGUUCAAAUAUUUCGACGCAAACUUCAAGUGCCUAA